UCAAAUCGGAUUAAACAAGCUUGCCCGAUAUCUAAAACUGUCGAUAGCAUUUAAAAGCAAUCGAUUUUCGCGAUAAAUAUCUAUUUUAUAAAAGUAUUUCACUGUUUCCGUAUCGCCAAUGAAUCAUUCGUGCAAAGGUCAAUCGAGUCGUUUAGAAUGUGCGUGGAUUUAUCAAUUCGCCCCCGUCCCAAAAGAUAUACAAGCAACAGCUGUUGUUAAAGGCCCGUUCAGCAGUACUUUACUCAUGGAAACAACACCGAUCAUUGAAAUGCUCGUGAACCUUCCUAAAAACCGGGAGCGAGUUUCUUUAAGAACGGGAAUUCCCGACUCUUGCAAGGCAUACCAGACCCUUGGAAAAAUUGGCCUAAACGACGCCCUAGAGAUACUCACGCGGGAUCAACAUGUAAGACAGACAACAUAUGCGUGGGAGAUGAUCAAAAAUUGAAGAAAAAGUCGAAGUUUUAAGCUUGCAAC